AUGGCUGCUCGACUUCCUCUCGCGCGCCUUUCCGGCCAACGCUUGACGACUUUGACCCGGGCCACUCGAUCUCCUAGCCGGCUGCGCGGCGCCCAGUGCCUUUCCACCCUCAGCCGCUCCAAUGCCUCUCCUAGAGCCUCUGGUCUCCUGCAAGCUUCAUCGGGAAUUAAUGUGUCGCGCAACCUCGCUCCGUUCGUGGGCUCCCAGAUCCGUACAUAUGCCGAUUCCAUUGUCAAGGUUCCCCAGAUGGCGGAAUCGAUCACCGAGGGUACCCUGAAGCAAUUCUCUAAACAGGUUGGAGACUUCGUGGAGCGUGAUGAGGAAAUUGCCACCAUUGAGACCGACAAGAUCGAUGUUUCGGUGAAUGCGCCCGAGUCGGGCACCAUUAAGGAAUUCCUUGUGAACGAGGAGGAUACUGUCACCGUUGGACAAGACCUCGUCAAGAUGGAGCUGGGAGGCGCCGCCCCAGAGCCCAAGAAGGAGGAUUCCGCUGAGAAGCCCAAGGAGGAGUCUGCUGAGAAGCCCAAAGAAGCUGCUCCUCAACCCGAGAAGCCCCAGGAGACCCCUUCGAAGCCCGUGUCUUCUGAGAAGCCUAAGGAGGCCCCUGCCAAGUCCGAGUCGCCUAAGUCGCAGAGUGCACCUGACUCCAAGCCGGCUCUGGGUAGCCGCGAGGAGCGUAGAGUCAAGAUGAACCGCAUGCGUCUACGUAUUGCCGAACGCUUGAAGCAGUCUCAGAACACCGCCGCUUCCCUUACCACCUUCAAUGAGGUUGAUAUGUCCUCGCUGAUGGAGUUCCGGAAGCUCUACAAGGAUGACGUUCUCAAGAAGACUGGCGUGAAGCUUGGUUUCAUGAGCGCCUUCUCCCGCGCCUGCGUGUUGGCCAUGAAGGAUGUUCCCGCUGUCAACGCCUCCAUCGAGGGUCCUAACGGUGGUGAUACCAUUGUCUACCGUGAUUACGUUGAUAUCAGCGUUGCCGUUGCCACUGAGAAGGGUCUUGUCACCCCUGUGGUUCGCAACACCGAGACCAUGGAUCUCGUUGGCAUUGAGCAGUCCAUUGCUGAGCUGGGCAAGAAGGCUCGUGACAACAAGCUUACCAUCGAGGAUAUGGCUGGCGGCACCUUUACCAUCAGCAAUGGUGGUGUCUUUGGCUCCCUGAUGGGUACACCCAUUAUCAACCUGCCCCAGACCGCUGUUCUGGGUCUUCACGCCAUUAAGGACAAGCCUGUUGCUGUGAACGGCAAGGUUGAGAUCCGCCCGAUGAUGUAUCUUGCCCUUACCUACGACCACCGACUGCUCGAUGGCCGCGAGGCGGUCACUUUCCUGGUGAAGGUCAAGGAGUACAUCGAGGACCCGCGCCGUAUGCUGCUCGGCUAG